AUGGGUGCUGCAGUUCCAUACCCGCUGGACCCCCUCAGCGCGGAGGAGAUCAAGGCAGCGGUGGCCAUUGUCAAGAAGGCGCACGGUGACGAGCUGCUGUUCAAUGUGGUCUCGCUGCACGAGCCACGCAAGGUGGAGAUGACGGCCUGGAUGGCCAACCCGGGAGUGGCGCCGCGGCCGGUCCGCGUGGCUGACGUGGUGGUGAUUGCGCCGGGCUGCAAGGUGAUUGACGGGCUCGUGGACCUGUCUUCGGGCAAGAUCAUCAAGUGGGAGGGCCUUUCGGGCGUUCAGCCGAUUAUCACGGUCGAGGAACUGCAAGUGGUGGAGCACAUGUGCCGCACAGAUCCCAAGGUGAUUGAGCAGUGUGUGAUCAACGGGGUGCCCAAGGACGAGAUGCACAAGGUGUACUGCGAUCCGUGGACGAUCGGGUACGACGAGCGGUUCGGCAACAACGUGCGGCUGCAGCAGGCGCUGAUGUACUACCGGCCCAACGUGGACGACAACCAAUACCAGUUUCCGCUGGACUUCUGCCCGAUCUUCGACAGCAUCAAGCAGGAGAUCAUCGCGAUCGACGUGCCCAAGGUGCGGCGGCCGCUCAGCAAGGAGCCGGCGCUCAACUACCACGUGCCCGGGGUGGAAGCACAGGGUGGCUUCCGCAAGGACCUGAAGCCACUCAACAUCUCGCAGCCGGAGGGCGUGUCGUUCUCGCUGGACGGACGCGAGCUGACGUGGCAGAGCUGGAAGUUCCACAUCGGCUUCAACUACCGGGAAGGCAUCGUGCUGAGCAACAUCACGUACAACGACCACGGCAAGGUGCGGCCGGUGUUCUACCGCAUGUCGCUGGCCGAGAUGGUCGUGCCGUACGGCUGCCCCGAGAGCCCGCACCACCGCAAGCACGCCUUUGACCUGGGCGAAUAUGGCGCCGGCUAUCUGACCAACAGCCUGACGCUCGGCUGCGACUGCAAGGGCGCGAUUCACUACCUCGACGCCGACUUCCCGACGCGCAGCGGCGACGUGCGCACGGUCAAAAACGCCAUCUGCCUGCACGAGGAGGACGCCGGGAUCCUGUUCAAGCACACCGACUUCCGCGACGAUUCCGUCAUCGUCACGCGGGCCCGCAAGUUUGUGGUGCAGCAGAUCUUCACCGCGGCCAACUACGAGUACAUCUGCCAGUGGAUCUUCCACCAAGACGGCACCAUCCAGCCCGAGGUCAAGCUGUCCGGCAUCCUCAACACAUACGCCAUGACGCCCGACGAGGACACGCACGGCUGGGGUGUGCAGGUGCAUCGCGGCGUCAAUGCCCACAACCACCAGCACCUCUUCUGCCUGCGCAUCAACCCCAACGUUGACGGCGGCCCGAACACGGUCUACACGUCCGACGCCAUGUCGGGCGAGGCCCCAGUCGGCAGCCCCGAGAACAAGUACGGCAACGCAUUUUAUGCGAAGCGCACGCGCCUCGAGACCGUCGGCCAGGCCAUCACCGACUACGACCACAUGACCAGCCGCUCGUGGGACAUCUGCAACGAGAGCAGCAUCAACCCACACAGCGGCAAGCCGGCCUCGUAUAAGAUUGUCAGCCGCGAGGUUCCCCGUCUGCUGCCCAAGGAGGGCUCGCUCGUGUGGAAGCGCGCCGGGUUUGCGCGUCAUACGGUGCACGUGACUCCCUACGAGGAGGACCAGCUCUGGCCGGCCGGCCGUCACGUGCCUCAGACCAGCGGCGAGCCGUCGGCCGGCCUGCCGCAAUGGCUUGGCGACGGCAAGGCGAGCGUGGCCAACACCGACAUUGUCGUCUGGCACACCUUUGGCCUGACGCACUUUCCCUCGCCCGAAGACUUCCCAGUCAUGCCGGCCGAGCCGAUCACGCUGCUGCUGCGGCCACGCAACUUCUUCACCAGCAACCCGGUCAUGAACGUGGCGCCGUCGUUCAACAGCACGCCCAGCCAGGUGGCCGCGGGCAAGGGCGUGUACGAUGCCGCCGACAAGCUGAGCAAGCUGGCCUUUGCUGACGGCGCCACUGGCGGUAGCUGCUGCUCAAAGUUAUAG